AUGUCGCAGACAUCCAUUACUUCAUUUUUUCAGAGCAGGAAAAGGCCAGCAUCUGAGGAUCUUAUUACUUCUAAAAGUAAAAUACCACACAUCGAUCGCACUCUACCAAGUAGUAAAUCUCUUUCAGAAACAAAAUGUGAAACUAUAGCUAAAGACUCUCUACAACCUACUAAAUCUAGUGCGAUUAAACAUGAGGAACCAAAACAAAGCGCUAUUCAGUAUGCUUCAUCAAAAGAAGAAACGAAACAAGAAUCGAUAGCGCCAAAAGCAUUUGGUAAGAAAGUGAAUGCCUCCAACACACCUAAAACCACCCAGGCGUCUAAAACCGAGAUGACUGUGACUUCGCGUCAAGAAUUAAGUCUUGGUGACAUAAGGAAGAAACUAGCUGGAAGUUCGAGGUUAGCUGAGUUAAGAGCUACUGCUGAUAGACUGAGCAAAGGCAUAAAGGAUCUGCAGCAAGCCAGUGAAAAACGUAACCUUCGAGAAUUCAAAUCUAUUGAUGUGGAAGUACCAGUGAGUCCCAGUAAGAAGGCCCAGCUUCAGCAGAACGAAUUCUUAUCUCCAAAGAAAUGUAUGCCAGCCCCAGCAACUCCACAGAGACCACUUAUAUCACCUAGAAAAGUGGUGGUCAGCCCUAUCAAGAGUCCUAGCAAGGUCCCAGCAUACAUCAGACAUGCGGCCCUUGCAUCCACAUCCAGCAGCUUACCUUUGCCUCACCACUACAGAUUCUUGGCUGAACUGUUCCGCGGCAUGGAGACUGUUGUUGCUUUACUUUACAACAGAAAUGAAAAGAUAACUUUUGCUAAACUCAGACCUUCAGUACAAGAGAUGCUCAAGCGUUCAUUUACUCAAAAACAUUUGGCUCAAAUAAAACAUCUAGUACCUGAUUUCUAUAAUUAUGAAGUCCAAAAAGUGAAGAAUUUCAGUGCCUCAAAUCAAAAAGAACAAUAUGAAUUAUUGAUCUCACCUAACUUCCCUAAUGAUAUUAAAAUCAUGAAUCCAACUGUACUUCUAGAGAGGCGUAGAUACUUUUACGACAUCUUGCUUCAGUUAGUAAAGAAACACCAUGCACAAUACUUGCAGACGCUUGACCCUCCAAUGGUGAUCCCUGAUGAUAAAUUGACUCGUUGGCAUCCUGAAUUCGAUAUUGAGAAGAUACCUGAGGUUGAGAGUGCAAAGUUACCUGAAAUGCCAAAUGUUGAAAAAUUCUCAAGUGCUCAAGAUGUUCUGGCCAAGGCGCGAGAAUUAUUCAAAUGUAACACAAAGAUGGAAAGAGCUUUAGAAAAACUCGCUCAGGCAAAAGCUCGUGGCCUCACACAGCAAGAAAUGGCUGCAACUGGCAUGACAGACAGCAAACCAAGUAUUAGCAUAAAUGGUAUGGCAAGUACCAGUACACAGACAAGUCAGCCUUCCACUAGUGCAGUUACUAUAGUGAACCCCGCACUACGCAACCUACCCACCUCUCUAUUGGAAAAGGUAAAAGCUAAACAAGCUGCCAAAGCUUUAGAAGCCAUGACAAGAUCAUCUGAGAAUGACAAAAAGUACUUGAUUUACAGUCGUCUGCCAGAUUUAGCACGUACUUUGCGAAAUAUCUUUGUGACUGAGAGGAAAAAUGUUUUAGCUCUAAACAUAAUCCUCUCUAAACUGGAUAGCAGCUUCAAAGCUAACAUACCUGCAAGUGAUCUGCAAAAAGAUAUCAAAGUGCUUACUGAGGAGCUGCCAGACUUCGUUAAGUUACAUGAAAUAAGAAACAACACUUAUUUAAAAUUAGAUAAAAAUGCUGACUUGCAGAAAAAUCUGUCUAAGUUAGAAGCUUUAGCUGCAAAAUAUAAAAAUGAGUAG